CGCAUAUUUGUCUUUUUAAUACACAGCUGAUUAUGGACGAACUACAUGGGGGAUGACGUGGAAAUGGAACAGUAUAUUUAUAAACUAGAAUGGAUUUUAAUUACUUGUCGAGCAUUUCGCAAUUUCAACAUAAAACCGUUAAAAGUAAUCAAAAUUUUAAAACCAAGUCUAGUGAAAAGAAAACCUCAUCAAGUCAGGUAACAUCAAAUGCUAUCCAAGCAUUUUUGGCUCGAAAACAAGAAGAAGAAAGACAAAAAUAUGAAGAAGCUAAAAGAAGAAAAGAAAAACUUCUCACUCUUAGAGCCCAGAACUCUAAGAGUAACAAAAAAGCCAAAAUCAUGGCUUCUAGAACAAAAGAUAAUGAUUUUAGUAAGAUUAAACUUACUGAAGAUGAAGUGGAAGCCAAAAUAAAGAGAGAACAAGAACUGAAUAAAAAACGCCUAACAAACACAGUAGACAGAAUGAAAGCUAGAAUCCAAUUAGAGGAAAGAGAUAAUCAGCUUCCUAGAACAAGAAAGAAAAAAACUAGUGAUUCUCAGCGUCAAACAACAACUAAUUCUCCCAUGCAAAUUGAAUAUAAAUUUAAUGGAAAUAGUGCUCCCAUUCCUGUACUGGUUAACAAAAAGAAGGAUAUUGAAAAAAGAAAACAAGUAUCAAAAUCAAAAUCAGCUGUGAUGGAUUACAGAAAUCUCUUAGAAAUUGCUGCAAAAAAACAAUUUGAAGCUGGUGAUGAUUCAGAAUAUGAAGAUUUUGAGGAAGAAAGUGAUGAGUAUGAGGAAGAACAAAUUCAAGUGACCAAAACAAGUCUUCCUAGUUAUAAUACAAAGGAAGAUGAAAGUGUUCAUAGACAAAUUAAUCAGAAUUCUAAGUUAAAUAAUAAAAUUUUAGCAGAUAAACAUAAAUUAAAACAAAAUAAAGAAAAUUCAUAUAACACAAAUAAUUCAUUAAAAAAUGAAAUUUUACAAGAAUCUAAUAUGAAUCAUAAACAAUUGAAUAAAUCAUAUAAAAAAAAUUUGCCUAAUAAUAAAACUCCAAAGUUAUAUAAAUCAAAUGAAAUCAGUGAAUAUUCUCAAAAAAUGUCAUCAUAUAAUAAUAAUUUAAAUUUUACAUAUAAUAAAAAUAAAGUUCCAUCUAAACCAAAUAAAUAUGAAGAAUACAUUCGUACACCAGACGAUAAAUUACAUAGUGAAGAAGAAUACAUUCCACAGUAUCAGAAACCAGCAUUAAUUCCUAAUUUAAAAUCAGUUCAGAAUCAAAAAGAAUUAAAUUAUAUUCCGACAAACAAAUCAUCUGUAAAAAAUAGGAAUGAUACAGAAAUAUUAAACAAUAGAAAAAAAAUUGAACAAACAUCCAUCCAAAAUAUGACCAACAGAGUACGUCAUAGUGAAAAAAUUAUUUCUUCAAAUUUGGAUCACAAUAUAAAUGUAAAUAGAAAAUAUUUAGAUUCAAAAAAAUCUAAAGAUGUUUCAAAACAUAAAAAUGAAUUAUUCAAAAUACCUAAGAAGAAAAAAGAAUGUGAUGCAAUGUUAGAUGACAGUACUCCAUGUUAUUAUACAGGUGAUAAUGAUGAAAAGAAUGUAGAAAUACCUAAAAGUCACAAUAAAGUAAAUAAUGUUUUAAAACAAAAUUCUGAAAAAAGGCAUGAUUAUAUUAAUAAUAAAAAGAGAGAGAUUGAAGAAAGAUUUUUGUUGAAUAAUAAGAUAAACAAUCGAAUUCCAAAUAAUAUAAAACAAAGCAUGUCAAGUAGAAAUAAUUUGUAUGUUGAAAAUAAAUUCCAAGAAAAGUUAAAAAAUUCCACAGUUCGAAGAAACAUUCAAAAUGCAAAGGAAUUCGAAGAACCAAAACAAUAUUUCACCAUAAAUGGAGAAGAAAAAUCAAAAUAUGAUACAAGUAAAUCUCUUAUGAAAAGUAAACAUUCUAAAAAUUCUUCUUCAGCAUCAAAUGAAGUGUAUCAGUAUUUUACAGAAGAUUUUAAGAAAGAACAAUCUACCUCAAAAAACAUAAAUAAUACAAAAUGUAUAAUAAAUAAUCACAGAACUAGCAUGCAAGAAAAAGAUAAAAUAAAAUCAAUGGCAAAUGCACACAAAUUAAGUCAGAACAGAUCUGAAAUUAAAAGAAAUUUUUGUAAUGAAUACAAUAGAGAUAGAAGUGAGUCUCCACCUGCCAAAAUAUACAAAAGUGAAAGUAUUAGAAAUGAAAAUAGGAUUAACCAAAGGAUAGAAAAGUCUAAUGAUCAGAGAAUUGUAAAAAGAAAACUUCCUAUAGAAAAUAAAAAGAAUGAACAUGAUAGAUUUAAAAGUAGAGAAGAUGAUUAUAAAAGAGAUAUAGGAAGGACUAAUGAAAAAGUUGAUAGAGAAUUUUCAGCAAAAAGUUUAAAUGCUAAAAUAAAAAGUGAAUAUAGAAUUCAAACUAAAACUGAAAAGGAUAAUUAUAACAGUAUUAAUACAGUAAAAUCAAAAUAUCCAGAAUACACUUCAGUUCCAAAAGUUUCACAAGAGAGUAAAAACAAAUCAAACUUUGUACAGAAAGAAAGUGCAUUUCCUAAAAAAGUUCUUGCAGAAAAAAAAAGGGUCAUUCCACCAAGUAGUAUGGUGCAUUUAAUGCAAAAAGAACAAAUUCAAACAAAUAAUAAAUUAAGACAUUUGGAGAAGCAAAGGUUAGAAAAAGAGAGGCCAACAAUUGGAAAAUUGCAAAUGAUCACAAAAUCAGAAAAUUUAAGUAGAAUGGAAAAUAAUAGAAAAAUAUUAAAAAGCAAUUCUAAUACUAAUAUAAGUAAACAUUCUGAAAGAAAUACAUUAAAUGAAAAACCUAUUCCAUCUAAAAGAUUUCCUCAACCCAAUAAUGGUACAAUUCCAAACAAGAAUUUCAAACCAAUAACAAGUGCUGAUUAUGUUGGGAUUAAGCGUGAUCGUCAAGGACGACCAUUAGUUAGCAUGUUUCUGAGAAAAAAUGUAGAUAGUGAUGAAGAAGAGGAGGAUGAAGAGGAAGAUGAUGAUGAUGAUAUGGCUGAUUUCAUUGAUGAUGGACCAUUGGAAGAAGAUGAUGAAGAUUAUUCCAGAUAUAUUCGAGAAAUAUUUGGCUAUGAUAAAAGAAGGUAUCGCUAUGAAGAAGAAUUUGAUGAUCAAGCUAUGGAAUCAUCAUAUGCUGAGCAAAUGAAAGAAGAAAGGAGAAGUGCAAGGAUAGGACUCUUAGAAGAUUUAGAAGAUAUGAAAAAAGAGGAAGAGGAGAAACAACAGAAAGCCCUUAAAAAGAAAAGAUGAAAUUUUCAAAAGACAAAAUACAGAACUAUUUCAAUGGGUGAUUGAGUUCCAGUUUUGAAGAAUAAAAAAAAUGUAUUGUGCAUAAUUCUGUAAGCUUAAACUUCAAAGUCUUCCAAUAACAAAUCUUUCCAAAAAGAUUGUGAUAGCCAACAUAUAUUUAUUUAUGACAACUAAUGGUCAGAGGUUAAAAAAAAAACUUAGUUUCAUAUGAAUUGCUCUAAUGGAAGCAUAUAUUUUGCAUUGUAUUGCAAACUUUAAAAAAAAA